GGGGCGGUGUCUCUCCCCGAGCGGAUGCGUGUGAAGGACUCUGUGGUUUAAACUAAUUUUGGACACGACGCUAUUAGAGUAACUAUACACAGAGACGGGUCGUUCAUCUUCAUUCCAACGUAUAACCGGUGAAAUUAACAGUUUUAUUCAGUAAUAUUUUCUUUCACGAACACGGUGUCUCAUGACUUGCAGAUACAUGUACUGGCUGUAAAUAUUUAGGUUGAAUGCCAUACUGAUAGUUGCAUAUAUUUGUUAGCUUACAAUUAAAUUAUAUAUAUUACGUAUACGUUGUAGAAUAUAUCGGUACGCACGAAAUUCUGUUUUUAAUAACCGUAUUUGUCUAGUUACUCAACAAAAGUGUCGUGAUGUUUUAAGCAAAACAUUUGUCAAAUGGAUGAAAUAAGACAUCAAUAUUACCACGCAUGUUCUGUUUACUUACUACUAAAUAUAUUUAUUACAACGUCAGUGAGAACAAAGUGUUGACUGUACAGUAUUUUACUCUUGUGUAAAGACAUGGCGUGCCCAUUUCGACGGAUGUCUGCCCACGUGGUGGACUCUGCUACUGAAGAUGGCGAUGGGAAAGCAACAACACGACAGAGCUCGUUUCAGGCGGCUGUUCCGUUAGAUACUGUAGCAGUGAAUGACCAGCAACAGACGCUCAAUCUGAAGCAUCUCAGCGAAGCCAUUACGACACUUACUUCUCCACCGAACGAAGCUCUUGACGUCGCCUUGACUUCUCUCCUCCUGAAGAUUGAAGCAGCCGAGCCUGACGCUACCUCCAGAUACGAGUUUCUAAAAGAGAAGCUGCCAAAUGACGUCAGUAGUUACAACAACUACUCGUAUUUGGAAGAUAUUUAUGAUCUAGUUUCGGAAGCUGAAGGUGUGUCUGCAGAGGAAUUCCUGGAUGAAUUAGGCCAGGAGCUAAUUGUAACAACGUGCGAGAAACGCUUAAAAGAACGAGCGUUUCGCUGCCUGGGAGGUAACCUACAAGAGUUCCUAACCACUUUAGAUGGAGUACACGACGUACUGCAAGGAGAGGGAGCGCCAGAGCGAGCCAGUUUCGUCUGCACUGCCGACCCGGCCGGUCACCUGGACCUCCUUUUCGCCACGGAACGGCCGGCCGUUGCAUUGCUUCUAUUGGGCAGCUUGAAGGCCAUCGCUAAUCGCUUUUAUCAUACUGACGCUUCAAUAUCCGUCAGCAGCGAUGAUGAUCCAGGUCAUUACCGAUAUCGUAUAACUCCUGCCGCACCAUCAGGUGAGGUCCCCGAAGAAGUGGACAGUGAUGACGACGAUGCAGACGUUAUAACAGGUGUGCGUGACGUCACAAGCACCUCACUGUCCCGUUCCGCGGCGGAUCUCCGUAUGGGAGUUGCGAGUUUCUGCAAGGCAUUUCCGUGGCACUUCGUGAUGGACCGCCACCUAGAGAUGGUGCAGCUGGGAGCAGGCUUCAUGCAACUCUUCGCUCGUGAUCUGCGAACCCUCGGCACAUCCGUCGCGACGUAUUUCGAAUUUCGACGACCGAGAGGCAUCGCUCUCUGUUUCAAUGAGAUUGUCAAACGUGCCAAUACCCCUUUUGUUCUGUCUAUCAGAUGGCCGGACUCGACAGCAGAAGAAAGACUUGCUGAGGGCCUGGAACUUAAAGGGCAGAUGGUUUUUUGUCCUGAAUCGGAUUCAAUCUUAUUUGUUGGCUCCCCGUUUCUGGAUGGUCUGGACGGUCUCACGGGCCGUGGGCUGUUUAUCUCCGAUAUUCCUCUGCAUGACGCAACGCGUGACGUCAUCCUCGUCGGAGAACAGGCCAGAGCACAGGAUGGACUCCGCCGUCGAAUGGACAAAUUGAAGAGUUCGAUUGAAGAAGCUAAUCAAGCCGUUGAUAGGGAACGGCAGAAGAACGUUAGUUUACUGCAUCUCAUCUUCCCUCCAGACAUCGCUAAGAGGCUCUGGCUAGGGCAGCCAAUUGAGGCGAAGACCCAUGAUGACGUAACGAUGCUCUUCAGCGAUAUCGUGGGUUUCACAUCGAUCUGCUCAACAGCGACACCCAUGAUGGUGAUCAACAUGCUCCAGGACUUGUACAAUCAGUUUGAUGUCUUCUGUGGCCAGCUGGAUGUGUAUAAGGUGGAGACGAUAGGAGACGCGUACUGUGUCGCUUGCGGCCUGCACAAACCCAGUUCCACGCAUGCUCAACAAUGCGCGUGGAUGGCGCUCAAGAUGAUCGAAACAUGCGCCACUCAUCACACACAUGACGGGAAACCCAUCAAGAUGCGCAUCGGGCUGCACACGGGGACGGUGCUGGCAGGUGUAGUGGGCAAGAAGAUGCCGCGCUACUGUCUCUUCGGGCACAACGUCACUAUAGCGAACAAAUUUGAAUCAGGAAGCGAACCACUCAAGACCAACGUCAGUCCCACAACGUACCAAUGCUUGCUGAAGACUCCUGGUUUUUUCUUUGCCCCGCGUCCAAGAGAAUGUCUGCCUGUGGGAUUUCCUGCGCACAUUCCAGGCACCUGCCACUUCCUACUGGGUUAUCGGCAUCCAGAAAUCCCUGCAGAGUGUGAUUCUCUCUCCAGACAUGUGGAGGCCGGAGUACAGGACCUUGGAAUCUUCUCUGCUCAGCAAUCUUAAACAGACUAAUCUAGAAACCUGACAGCCACCAUUCUUUGCUUUUCUGAUACGUUUCGAGUGGAAUUAAUCUUCAGCUGUAACUCCUAACGUUUAUUCUUGACAGGGACUUAUAUACUAUGUGACAGUCUUUAAAUCACUCAAACUCUGUUGUAACUUGUGUUUUGCAUUCCAAUGUAAGAAAAAUAUGGCCUGAAUCUUUACAGUAUUUAUUUAUAUAUUUAUUGUUUAUUUAAUGGUGCUGUCAGCAGCCGACACUGUGUAGUUUCGAUCUGUGGUACUGAAGAUUGUUUUCAGCUUGACAACAUGAGUUUAUGCCUUCCAAAUUUUAGGACCUAAAUUGUUGUCUUAUAUUUUCACAGUGUAAAUAUGACUUUCUCUAUGUGAUCUUUGCUAUUAAGUGGCUCACACUCUGAAACCCAUGGUUCAAUACUACUACAGAAAUAUUACUAAUAGACAGUUGAAAAUUUAAUGCAGUUUCUGUAUAAUUCUGUGUAAUCUAACUGACUCAUCUAAUGUCAUGUCACAAAUUGUGCAAACAAUCAGCUGUCAGUAUUAAGAUUACUAUCUUUUGUGACAUAAUGCCUUUUAUUCUGCUUAAUAUUUACUGAUGUUUUGGAUGAUUAUGUUGCUUCCAUCUUCAGAGAAGGAGAGUAAGUGUAGCGUGGGAAAGUAGUACAGGUAUGUGGAGAAGUAGCACUGCAACUGAAACCCUAAUCAUUCAGCAGGAGUAAGGAUAAUUGCGAAAUAAUCUGAUGUCCUUAAAAGAGUUGUUUUCAAGAAGUAGAGAGAUAUAAUGACUCUGAGGGAGUCACUUGAAGGUAAAGGAGAGUCAGGAGAGAGUAAGGAAACAAAUGGUCUUGAAGGGCCUAUUUUGAGGUUAGAGUGGAUGUGGAGAAUAAACAAGACAAUAACAAAAGCUGAUGGUAGACUAGUAGGGAGAAAAGAAGAAAUGGAAGACAAAUUAAUAAGUUGGUUGAAAGGAUGGAGGUCCCUACAGGAUGCCUGUAUCCGCAAUAUGGAAGUAUCUCUACUCUGGAUCAAGUUUUGGUUUUCCCUUCCAAUGCCUAUACAAGUUUCCCACACUCAGCUUUAUCUGCUACUCUGAAGGUGGAUCAACACAUUGUUCUGAAACGUCUGUAAAUAUCAACCAAACUACACAGUGUCACUGCUGUGGGAACAUCGAAUCUCACACAGCUGUAGUAUUGAGAGUGAAGAAAUACUUUAAAGCAUGACAUUGCAAACUGUGGAGAACAUCGAACAUUUAUGGAACAUAAACUAAACACUGUUUUGAUUUCUGUUGUACUGAAAGCUGGACAAGGUGAAAAAAGCUGAAGGAAUUUAAAUGUGAGAGGUAACUGAAAUCACUUGAUAUGGCGCCCACUAAUUUGUAUUAGAGAUGUAUAAAACAUAAGGAUAACAUAUGAGUAUUUAUAUAUUUU